GAGUUGCGUGACGAAGGAGGCGCGUGACGGAGGAGCGGUUGGCGAUGCUACGGCGGCAGUCGGUGUAAACAAGUCCUCGCGUCGCCGCGUCCUGCGACCAUUCCUGGCUGGUGGGUAGUCUAGCACGGAGCAGUAACCGCCCGCUUUAGCUGGAGGUACUUCCCGGCUUCUUCCUUGCCUCCUUUGGCGUACACACCCCCGGUACCCCACGUGGGCGUGGGGCACGGAAGGAGGGAGUGGUAGGCCGAAUUCUAACCUUAUUGGCUGUCACUGCUGCCGGCUUUCGCAAGAAAGCGCUCUGAUUGGUCGAUAAGGGGGGCGUCGGGGGGUCUCUGAGUCCUAAGGCUUCUGAUUGGUUAGAUGAAAUAAGCUAGCGAGGCGCUUUCUUCCGCGAGGGGUUUUGAUUGGUGGCCCUGAGAGGUUACCUGGGACUCCACCUCCUCCAGGGACUUUGAUAGGAUUGGGGAAGGUUUGUGUUCCUGAAGCCUUGGGAAUUGUCACAGGCUUAAAGAGAGGGGAUCUCAGUCCCUAGGAGGGAUCGCUCUCCUAGAGAUAGCUACUGCUCCAUCUCAGGAGAUCUAGUAUUUGUAGAGCAGGCUUUGCUUUCAUUGAAGCCAAGGAGUUGACAGGAAGAGCCCCUGAACAGGUCCUAAGGAUGCUGUGAACAGAAGAUGGGAUCACGGAACAGCAGCAGCGCUGGAUCGGGGUCUGGAGACCCCUCUGAGGGCUUGCCCAGAAGAGGGACUGGCCUGCGACGGAGUGAGGAAGACGAAGAGGAGGAUGAAGAUGUGGAUCUGGCCCAGGUACUGGCCUAUCUCCUCCGCAGAGGCCAAGUAAGGUUGGUGCAGGGCGGAGGUGCAGCAAAUUUACAACUCAUCCAGACCCUCUCUGACUCGGAGGAAGAGCAUGACAGCGCCUGGGAUGGUCGUCUAGGAGACCGAUACAACCCACCUGUGGAUGCAACCCCUGACACUCGGGAGCUGGAACGCAAUGAGAUCAAGACACAAGUGGAAUUGGCCACAGGGCGGCUGGGCCUUAGGCGGGUAGCCCAGGAGCACAGCUUUCCUCGAAUGCUGCACCAGAGAGAACGGGGCCUCUGCCACCGGGGAAGCUUCUCCCUUGGAGAACAGUCUCGAGUGAUGUCUCACUUCUUGCCCAAUGAUCUGGGCUUCACUGAUACCUACUCUCAGAAGGCUUUCUGUGGCAUCUACAGCAAAGAUGGUCAGAUCUUCAUGUCUGCUUGCCAAGACCAGACAAUCCGACUGUAUGACUGCCAGUAUGGCCGCUUCCGUAAAUUCAAGAGCAUCAAGGCCCGGGAUGUAGGCUGGAGUGUCCUGGAUGUGGCCUUCACCCCUGAUGGGAACCACUUCCUAUACUCCAGCUGGUCUGAUUACAUUCAUAUCUGCAACAUCUACGGGGAGGGAGACACACACACUGCCCUGGAUCUAAGACCAGAUGAGCGUCGCUUUGCGGUCUUCUCCAUUGCUGUCUCCUCAGAUGGACGAGAAGUGCUAGGAGGGGCCAAUGAUGGCUGCCUGUAUGUCUUUGACCGAGAACAGAACCGGCGCACCCUUCAGAUUGAGUCCCAUGAAGAUGAUGUGAAUGCAGUGGCCUUUGCUGACAUAAGUUCUCAAAUCCUGUUCUCCGGGGGAGACGAUGCUAUUUGCAAAGUGUGGGAUCGACGUACUAUGCGGGAGGAUGACCCCAAACCUGUGGGUGCUCUGGCUGGACAUCAGGAUGGCAUCACCUUCAUUGACAGCAAGGGCGAUGCCCGGUAUCUCAUCUCCAACUCCAAAGACCAGACCAUCAAGCUCUGGGACAUCCGGCGCUUUUCCAGCCGAGAAGGCAUGGAAGCCUCACGCCAAGCUGCCACACAGCAAAACUGGGACUACCGCUGGCAGCAGGUGCCCAAAAAAGCCUGGCGAAAGCUGAAGCUCCCAGGAGAUAGUUCCUUGAUGACCUACCGGGGCCACGGGGUGCUGCAUACCCUCAUCCGCUGCCGAUUCUCCCCCACCCACAGCACCGGGCAGCAGUUCAUCUACAGCGGCUGCUCCACUGGCAAAGUGAUUGUGUACGACCUUCUCAGUGGCCACAUUGUGAAGAAGCUGACCAACCACAAGGCCUGUGUGCGUGACGUCAGUUGGCACCCCUUUGAGGAGAAGAUUGUCAGCAGUUCGUGGGACGGGAACCUGCGUCUGUGGCAGUACCGCCAGGCUGAGUACUUCCAGGAUGACAUGCCAGAGUCGGAGGAAGGCCCUAGUGCCCCUGCCCCAGCGCCCCACCCCUCUAUGGCCUUUUCCUCUCCCCAGUAGAUCUGACCUCCAGCCCCAUAUAGGGGUAAGCCUCUUGACAAACUCUCCACCUCCUCCUCCUUUCUCCCUUCUGGGGAUGGUUUGGAGGAAUUGCUGGCAUUGGACUGCGAGUAACAGAAGCCCAGGCUUCUGCAUCCCACCUGAGCCCUGGAGGAUCUUCCCCUUGGGGCAGAGUGGUCUCUUCAUGCUCACACACCCAGUUAGUUUGGGUCUUUAUCUGGCCAGGGCCUGGCAGGACUGCCAUUAUCUGGGAUGUGGCCUCUGCCACCAGGAGAAUUGUCCAGAGUAUUUUUUUAAUCAUGUUUGGAUGUUAGGUGUUGGCUCCUAGAGUAGUAUACCUGAGGCCAGGUCUUAACUGACCAGUCAGUGCCUCUUCACCCCUGCCAGGCUCUUUGCCCAAGUCUUCAAGUUGAGGAUUAAAUUGGCCUGUCAGAGGGCUGGACAUCCUGGCCUUUGUUCCUGGGGUCUUGAUGGCUAGAGCUGUAGACCUUGAGUAAGGGUGGGAUGGGUAAGGGUGUUCCCUGUGGUGGGAAACCCAUAUGAAUGAAGCCCAUAUGUCUUCUCUAAUAUGUCAGGGUCUUUGGGGUAGGAGAGGCUAUGGCAUGAGGGGCAAGAGCUUCCAAAAGCUCCAUGUGGCCCCACACAGUGCAGGCUCUCCUGACCCAGUGUGUCCAUCAUGCUGGAGGCCAGCAUCUUUAAGGAGGAAGGUUGAAGUAGGACUCAUUUGUCCUCACUGGCUUUGGCUCCCUCAAUAAACUUCUUGUGGGAACCUG